AUCCCUUUCUUCCACUUUCUCUUUUGCUUCCCAACGAAGUUUUUCCCUUCUCUCUCUCUCUCUCUCUCUCUCUCUCUCUCUCUCCGUCCAAGUUCGUCGCCUUCUAGUCUCCUUCUCUCUCUCCCUCUCUCAUCCCUUUCUUCCAUUUUCUCUUUUGCUUCCCAACGAAGCUCUCCCUUCUCUAUAUCUAUCACUCUCUCUCUCAUUGAUUAUAUUCACGACUCUCUCUGUGAUACAGGCUCCGUAGAAGAGAUACUGGUGGGAGAUUUUCUUUGACAAUGGCUACGCCGAGAGAACACAUUGAGGAAAUCCGGACGAAAAAGUUCAACAUCGGGGGUGAACCGGAUCCCAAAAACGAAGACCUCCAUCAUGCCGUUAACUACCUCUCCGCUGAACUCUACUCCAAGGACGUCCACUUCCUUAUGGAGCUCAUUCAGAAUGCAGAGGACAAUGACUACUUGGAAGGGGUAAAACCAUCACUGGAGUUUGUGAUAACUUCUCGGGAUAUUACGGACACCGGUGCUUCGGCCACUUUGCUGGUAUUCAACAACGAGAAGGGUUUUUCUCCCAAAAAUAUCGAAUCCAUUUGCAGUAUUGGACGCUCCACCAAGAAAGGCUUUCGCAAACGUGGUUAUAUUGGCGAGAAAGGAAUUGGAUUCAAGAGUGUGUUUCUCAUCACAGCUCAGCCAUACAUAUUCAGUAAUGGCUAUCAGAUCCGCUUUAAUGAAGAACCUUGCUCACAGUGCCAUGUUGGAUACAUUGUCCCCGAAUGGGUGGAUGAUAACCCAACUCUUUCCACCAUAAAGCAAAUAUACGGCACUGACACUUCGCUUCCAACCACAACAAUUGUGUUGCCCCUGAAGCCCGACAAGGUUAAACCUGUGAAGCAGCAACUCUCAAGCAUUCAUCCUGAAAUUCUGUUGUUUCUUUCUAAGAUAAAGAGUCUUUCAAUCAGGGAAGAUAACAAGGAUCCUAGGCUCAACUCUGUGAGUGCCAUAUCCAUUUCAUCUGAGAUUGAUUUUGUUACAAGGAAGAACAUUGAUGCGGAGUCCUACAUGCUCCAUCUCUCAUCUGAUGAAAAUGGUGACAACUCUGAAGGGGAAUGCGGCUACUUCAUGUGGAAGCAGAGGUUUCCUGUCAAGUCAGAGAAUAAAGUGGAAAAACGAAUGGAAGUGGAAGAGUGGGUGCUCACAUUGGCUUUUCCAAAUGGAGAGCGGCUCAGCAGAGGGAUGAAGUCGCCUGGGGUCUAUGCGUUUCUUCCUACAGAAAUGGCUACAAAUUUUCCAUUCAUAAUUCAGGCCGAUUUUCUUUUAGCAUCUUCGAGAGAAGCAAUCCUCAUGGACAACAAAUGGAACCAAGGGAUUCUUGGAUGCGUGCCUUCGGCUUUUGUCAAUGCCUUUAUUUCACUGGUGAAAAGAUUAGAAGAUGCUCCCAUAUCUUCUUUGCCUCCUAUGUUUAGGUUCUUACCCAUCAACGAAUCUCCCUAUCCUGAGCUAAAUGCUGUGAGGGAGACAAUUAAAGGAAGGAUAAUGGACGAGAAUAUUGUUCCCUGUGAGUCAUACAUGGAGCAGAAGUUCUUUCAGAAACCCGGUGAAGUGGGUAGGCUAAUGCCUGCCUUUUGGAAUAUCUUGAUUAACGCAAGGAAGCAAAACGUGAAUUUGCAUAAUAUCUCAUCCCAUGGGAGAUAUGUGCUAAGUUCUUCAUUUGAUAGGGCGAAGUACGAUCCCAUACUGAAUUUCUUGGGCGUAGAACCAGUUGAGGAUGAGUGGUAUGCAAAGUGCAUCCGGGGUUCUAAUCUGGUAAUGGGAGUAUCGGAAGAGGUGUAUUUGGAGCUUCUACUGUUUCUAGCUGAGAAAUGGAGGUCCAAUUUUCACUUGACCAGCAUUAAGAACCUACCACUUCUGAAAUACGUGAGUCCUCAUGGGGACGUUUCUUUGAAAAGCAUAAAUGACGUCUCACAGUUUACUGGGGGGAAAGUUCUCAUAUCCCGUGAGCCUCGUCAUAUAUCAUGGCUUAUUGACUGGAACAGGGAAUUUAGAUGUGCAACACACCUUUUUUUACCUAAAGAGACACAAGAAGCUCUCCAUUCGUGUUCCAAGAGGCAGACAAUACAGGAAUGGCUCUUAAAUGAGGUGAGGAUAGAGGCUGUUAAUGUGUACCAGUACGGAAUUCUCAUCUACAGGUCACUGGGCGAUAAGAAUCCUGUUGUGACCUAUGUUCAUUUCUUACAUCACUCGCUUUCAGCGAACUAUAUGUCUCAGGGAGAGGUUGCUCAAUUGUGUGCUGUUAUGCCACUCGUGGAUAAUUAUGGACAAGUGUCCAAACAAAGGAGUGGGGUUCUUGUCCCUGCGAGCGGAAGCAAAUGGUUAAGUCUGAUUGGUUCAAACCCAUGGAGAGGGCAAGGUUUCGUUGAGCUAGGAGAAGACUAUUUGCAUUCAAGAAAAUUCGCAAGUGUACAUACUCCAGAGAAACAACUAAUUAACUUCCUCAAAACUCAUCUUUCAGCUUGUGAUGUCCCUGAUAUAUCCCCUCCCAAUGCAGUAAUUCCAACUAUGUCUGCUCCGCUUACAAAGCAAAACACAUUCUUGCUUUUGGAUUGGAUUCGGAGCUUGAAAUGGAAGAGGGUUCACAUGCCGGAGAAUUUCCUGACAUGCAUAAUGAAGGGACAAUGGAUGAGGGUCUCUCUAAGUGGUAGCCCUGGUUACAGGUCUCCAUCUGAGUCAUUUUUGACAGACUCAUCAUGGGGACAUCUUUUGCAGAAUGAAUCUGUACUUGUUGAUAUACCCAGGAUUGACCAGAAUUUCUAUGGUAGUAUAAUAUACGACUAUAAGGAAGAGCUACGAUCAAUAGGAGUGAUGUUUGAAUGUGGAGAGGCAUGCAGAUUUAUAGGGAAGCAUCUUAUGAACUUAGCAUCUUCUUCGACUCUAUCAAAGGGGAAUGUGCUUUCGAUACUCAAGUUUAUUAAGUAUCUGCGGGAGAACUACGUUUCUCCUCAGGAUUUUAUUAAGAGUAUCAGAGAAGAAAGAUGGAUAAGAACUUCAGUCGGUGACAGGUCCCCAGUUAAAUCUGUUUUGUUUAGUCAGGAAUGGAGAGCGGCAUCUCAGAUCAGUGACAUCCCAUUUAUUGAUGAACAGUACUACGGUGAGGAAAUCCUUUCUUUCAAAGCAGAACUCCAAAUGCUGGGUGUGGUAAUCAACUUCAGUCAAAAUUACCAACUUGUUUUUGACACUCUAAAAUCUCCGGCUCGCAUUGGUGGUCUGACAUCCGAGUCUUGCCUUUUUGUACUGGAAUGCUUACAUCAUCUGGGAUCACCUGACAAUUUUGUUAGGGCAUUCAAAGAUAAGAAGUUUUUGAAGACAAACAUGGGCUACAAGUCGCCAGUUGAAUCAUAUCUGUUUAAUCCUGAAUGGGGUUGUCUUCUGAAGGUUUUCCACAGCUUCCCUCUUAUUGACCAAAGCUCCUAUGGCUCUAACUUCUUGUUGUACAAAACUGAGUUGGGGAAACUUGGGGUAGUAGUGGAUUUCGAGGAGGCAACCAAAGCAUUUGCUCGCGUUUUCAAGCAGGCAGCACUUUCUUCCAUCAAAAAAGAUUCUGUCCUUUCAUUUCUGGCUUGUUACAGAAAGCUCCAGGAAACACCUUUUAAAUUCCCUGAAGAUCUGAAGAGAUGUAUCCGUGAUGUUCAAUGGUUGCGAACCCGCCUUGGAGAUUACAGAGUGCCAAGAGAUUGCAUUCUGUUUGGCCCUGAUUGGAAAUCUAUCUACCCGAUUUCUCGUCUUCCUUUCAUUGAUGACAGUGAGAAUUACUACGGCAAGGGUAUCCAUGGAUAUAAAAAGGAGCUGAACAGUAUGGGAGUUGUUCUUGCUUUUAAGAAUGGUUGCAGGUUUGUGCCUGAUGGACUUCAUUUGCCUUGUGAUCCUGACAACAUAACUCCUUCAAAUGUUUACUCAUUGCUCGAAUAUGUCCGCAACUUGCAUCAACAGACGAAGCCUUUACCUGAUUCUUUCCUGAAGAAAAUAUCUCAAAAGUGGCUGAAAACCUGUGCUGGUUAUAGGUCCCCUGAUGACUGCAUGCUGUUCGAUUCUAAUUGGAAUUCUUUCUUACAUCAGGAGGAUGGACCAUUUAUUGAUGAAGAAUAUUAUGGCUCCAAGAUUAAGUCCUACAGCAAAGAACUAAACUCAAUAGGAGUCACUGUUGAGGUUAGAAAUGGGUGCUCACUCCUUGCCACCCACCUAGAUUUCCAUUCAAAUUUCUCUACUAUUAUUCGGAUCUAUGAAUACUUGUAUGAGUUCAACUGGGAGUCUGAUUGUGGAGAAAGAAGGAAAAUUUGGAUCCCAAAUGGAAGUGACGACGGGGAGUGGGUAAUCCCAGAAGAAUGUGUCCUCUCUGACAAGAAUGAUCUCUUUGGCAUGCAGUUGAAUGUGCUGGAGAAACACUACGACAAGAAAUUGCUCAACUUUUUUUCCAAUGCUUUUGAGGUAAGACGCAUUCCUUCAGUUGAUGACUAUUGCAAACUGUGGAAGGCAUGGGAAAGUUCUGGACGCCCACUUUUAUACGAACAGUGUUGUGCAUUUUGGCAGUAUGUUGUAAAGAACUGGGGUUUGGAAACUCAAAAAAAACUGGAUAAGCAUUUGGUGAAACUUCCUGUAUAUUCAGGUCCAGAUGGAGUUAUGCUGUCUGAAAGGCAUGAUGUUUUUAUUGCUGAUGAUCUUCAGUUGAAGGAUCUUUUUGAGCAGUCUUCUUCAAGGCCACUAUUUGUAUGGUAUCCACAGUCAAGCAUGCCAUCGCUGCCGAGGGGUAAGCUACUGGAGGUUUACAGUAAGAUUGGGGUCCCAAAUAUCUCUGAGUCUGUGCUGAAAGAGGAAGUGUCUAUAAUGGACGGUGGUGGGCUUAAGGAAGUGGUUCCAAGGGAAAAUUUGAUUGGAAAGGGGCUGGUUAGGCUAAUUUUAGGCUUUCUAGCGGAUCUCUCUCUUGAAAUGGAAGCAGAGAAAAGGCAUGAAGCUCUCCGAUCCCUUCUUGAUAUAACUGUUCUUGAGACAGUGGAUCCAAUUACGAUUGGUUACAGUUUACAGCUGUCUUCAGGGGAAAUCUUGAAAGGAGAAGCAAGACGGAUGAUCCGAUGGGAGAGGGAGAGUAAGAAGUUUUUUACUCAGAAGAUGGACCGGUCUGAUGGGCACAGAAGUGUGAUCGAAUAUGCUAUGUAUCUCUCUGAAGCGAUAUCUGAAGGAUUGUUAUGGGAGAAAGAAGAUCAUAUGCCACAGCUUGCAGAGCUGAUCAAAUUGGGGUUCCUUGUGGAAUUCAACGAGGAGGCAAUUGAGUUCUUGAUGAAGACCAAGAAUCUACAGCUGUUUUUGGAGGAUGAGACUUUCCUCUCUUCGGCCUUCCCUUCUGAUUAGGUAUGUUAACUACUAUUAGGGUUUGUGAAGCGCUUCAAUUCCUGUGUUCUGGUACUGAUAUGUUCCUCAAGUACGUGUUUGAAAUGGUUGCUUUGGAUUUAUGUUAUAUUGUUAUGUACCGUUAAGGCUUUGAAGAGUUUUGAUAACCCUUCUUUCUGGGGCUGUUUUAUCUGAACUUUGUGAUCAUAUUGUGCUGUGUAAGUGAAAAAUCUUGAUUAAGGGCUUUUCGGUAGUUUAUUAACAUGAUUGUAGGCUUGCA